AUGCGUGAUGCCCAUGUUGACACUAAUGGAAUGCAAUGGAACCAACUUGAUUACAAACCAUCUGAAUUUUAUGGCGACCUUUCUAAAUUGUACUCCAAGCUCCAAAAUUAUCUAGGCAUCUCCUCAAAAGAGUACUUGGUGUUUGUAAAGCAGUUUGCAAAGCAGACAAUAACUGCUCACCAGCUCCGUAGAAAUGUGCAGAAACUGCUUCCUAGCGAUGUAAUCUGUGUACAUGACGAGUUCGUCAAAAUUCUGUCUGAGUGUUGCCAUUUGGAUGUUGCUUCAAAGUCUACUAAUGAAAUAAGUAAUGGAGCAUAUACCUGCUUGAAGAAAGGUUGCAUUCCACAAGUGUCUACUGUCAACGCUUUGCUUUUGCUGCGAAGUCUGGAGAAUGGAUGGGCUGCUCCUGAUUCCAAUACAGGUCAACUUCUCGGUGAUGCUAUAAGGACCAUCCUGGCCGAUCGUAUCGAUGCUGCGACACACGUUAGGAAAGUGCCAGUUGUUAAUGAUAUUGGAGUCCACGAGCAUUUUGAAUAUUUCCAGAAGAAUAGAAAACAAUCUCGUAACUUUCUACAAGACAUUACAACAGCUGAUCUCUUCUACUCUUUUUCGAGCCGCGAACACUUUCUUGGGGCUGAGACCAGCAACCUGCUACGUAUGAGAUGUCAUGCCGACUUCUACAAGAAGCUUGAGUCAUGUGUCAACAACGACGUCUCAGAAGCAAGGAAUGUCUGCAUGUUGGAAGACGCGUCUUUCGUAUCGCCCCCGCCCACAGUUCUUCAAGCACACGAGGUUUCCGUAGAUGAGAAUCUUGCCCUCAUCCGCGUUAGUGGGCAUGCCGAAAUCUUCUUACCUGUCAGCCCUAAAAAUUUCGCUAGACUUACUGUUGUCUCUCAACUAAGCAGAAAGCAGAAUUUUAAGAAAACAUGGGCUCGUGUAUCUUGUGAAAGAGAGGGGAUCACAGCAACUAGAAAUGUGCAACGUGAUGCACGUGUCAGGACUAACGUAUUAGAUGAAUCCAGUAUAGCUGCCCCAACGAUGUACGAUUUGGUCACACAACGUCUGAAGAGCUACGCUAACAUUUCAUGUGAGACUGAACCGGAUAUUACAACCACAACUGAACCUUCUACUCAGAAAAGAACAAAGACCAUGAAGCGCAAAAUGUCUGCAGAAUUCGCAUCUGGGAUUGAAGUUCCCUCGCUGACGAAAAAAUUACCUUAUGAUGUGUCGAAAUUUGCCGGGAAGUCUGCAAAAUUGGAGGCUGCUAAGUAUAUCUCGAGGGAUAGUGAUACUUCAUUUGAGGAAAGUUUCUCCUACACUCUCGAAGGGGAGCGGAUAUUCAAGCCAUGCUCUCUUUCACCUCAUGUUGCGCAAAACUGUUCUUCACAUCAGUCAUUUUUACCGUUUGAUAGGGGAGAAGAACACAGUAGAAUGGGAACGACAAUGGUCGGUAAAUCUUCUAAUGUAACCUCAUUCGAAGAAGAUACGUCAGUAGCAGAAUCGUCUGUGGCUGAACUGCGAAAACAGUUCAGAACUCGAUCAGCCGAAGGCCUUCAUGGAAUGUCCAGAAAAGAAUUGUCAUCGUUAAAACCGAAAUCAUUGAAGAACGAGGACCUAUCUCCUUCUAAAUUACGCGGUCGCAGGUCUGAUGCAUCAGCAUCGAUUCAUCAUCGUGCCUCAGGAUUAUCUGCAGCGCAGGCAAUAAUAGAAGCAUGGAGAGCAUCAUCUUUUGAGGUUCUUCCAGAAAACUCUUCCUUACCUCUGACACAGCGUGAUCCUUCUGUGAGCAAGAGUGCCUUUAGUGAUUUACCUACAAUAUCAGAUAUUAGAAAAUCAAAAAACACACCUGAACCUUUUUCUUCACCUUAUAAACAGCAUGAUUCUGUAGAAGUAGAUCCAGGCGACCGAUUGGUAGAAAAUGUUAGUCAAAGCGGUCGCCAGCAGAACACAAUCUUAUCUCCAGGAAGUACACGAGAAAGAACAAUUAUUUCUGGCGACACUCAUUCGACGCAAGAGGAAAUCAGGAAACGAACUCUUAGAAGUUACUCAUCAGUACAAUCUUUUGAAGUAGAUCCAAGUGUGCAUGUCUCAACUGAAUCAUCGCAAAAAACAGUACACAGAAGCCAGUCCCCACAAAAAAGGAAUACACAAAAAUCAGAGUCAACAGCAGAUAUCGGCGAACAAGAUUUUCAAACUAAUGCAGGAACAAGAGCAAGGUUUGAUGAAAACGUCAGCCAUUCAUCUACGCAACGCGUUGUUACUUUCGAAUCUUCACCAGUGUCAUCACAGGAUCGAAUGGUGUUAAGGUCAGGUUCAGAACACAGUCAGCGUAGAAGCAGUGCUAGACGAUCUAGAACGCCUAGCCAACGACCUAGCACUCCAUCACAACGUUCCAAAACUCCGACACAACAACCCAAAACACCCACACUACGUCCCAGAACUCCAACACAACAUCUGGAGACUGCGCAGCGCCCCAAAACCCCCACGCAGCGUUCGAAAACUCCAACACAGCAUCUGAACGUUACGACUCAGCGUCCGAAAACGCCAGCACAGCGUCCAAAAACUCCAACACACCAUCUGGAUGGUACGUCUCAGCGACCGAAAACCCCUACUCAACGUCCAAAAACUCCAACACAGUAUCUGGAUGCUACAAGUCAGCGACCUAAAACCCCCACACAGCGUUCAAAAACUCCAACACACCAUCAAGAUAGUAUGGCUCAACGGCCGAAAAUUCAAAUGCAACGCCCAAAGACGCCAACAAAGCAUCUGGAAUCUGCGACACAGCGACCAAAAACGCCUGUACAACGUUCCAAAGCCCCAGUUCAACGUUCCAAAACUACAACCUAUGGUAUGAAGAUAAAAGAGGCUAAGCCAUACGAUGCAUCAUCAUCUCUGGAAGUGGAUUUAAGUGAACAGAAACCACGACGAACAAGAAAUUCGAGGGCUGUAACAAAACAUGCUAUAUCAAUGUCAUCUGGGGAAGAUUCUGCUUCAAAUUUACUACACAGGGACACAAGAAUUAAGACCCACUCCAAGUCAAAGGGUGAGGAAUCGUUUGAUGUUGAAAGGCCUCUGACAACAUCGUCACGCUUGACAGGUCGAAGAGGAGGAACCAGCGAGCUUUUGCGUUCCAGUUCUCCUGAAAAAGCAGAUGAUGAGAGUUCUGCUCGCAGGAAUAAGAAAACAAAAAAAGUGAGGACCAAGGUCAGUGAAGAUUCUAAGUUCACUUUCGCCCUGCGUUCUUCUAGUCAGUCAAGUCUGGAGGACAAUUUUUCUGAGAUAAAGAGGCCUCGUGGAAGGGUUCGUAAGGAGAUCAAAGCGCGCGCUACGGAAACAACUCCACCCAAAAGGGUGACCAGAUCUAAGGCUGAACACUCAACAAGUGAAGGUGAAUCGAGAGAGUCUGCAAACGAACGCAAGUCAUCUCUUCGUCGCAAGGAAUAG